UAACUUAGGGGACUUAGAGGAGGAGGAGGAGAGAUCUCUGGCGAUGGAUGGAAGCGGCAACUCGCUCGCCUCGGGGCCGGAGGGGCGGAGCAAGCGCGUCGCCUACUUCUACGACCCCGAGGUAGGGAACUACUACUACGGCCAGGGCCACCCAAUGAAGCCGCAUAGGAUCCGGAUGACCCAUUCCCUCCUCGUCCACUAUGGCAUUCACAACAAGCUCGAGGUUCUCAAGCCCCUCCCCGCCAAGGACCGGGACCUCUGCCGCUUCCACGCCGACGACUACGUCGCCUUCCUCCGGGUCAUCACUCCCGAGACGCAGCACGAGCACUUGCGCGCGCUCAAACGAUUCAAUGUGGGCGAGGACUGCCCGGUUUUCGAUGGCUUGUACUCGUUUUGCCAGACUUAUGCCGGUGGAUCCGUCGGUGGCGCUGUCAAGCUCAACCAUGGUCACUCGGACAUUGCGGUGAAUUGGUCUGGUGGAUUGCAUCACGCGAAGAAGUGCGAGGCCUCGGGGUUUUGCUACGUCAACGACAUUGUUCUUGCCAUCCUGGAGCUUCUCAAGUACCAUGCUCGAGUUUUGUACAUUGACAUUGAUAUACACCACGGAGAUGGUGUCGAGGAGGCCUUUUACACCACAGACCGUGUCAUGACCGUCUCCUUCCACAAGUUCGGGGACUACUUCCCCGGAACCGGGGACGUGAGGGACAUGGGACACGCCAAAGGGAAAUACUAUUCUCUCAACGUCCCGCUCAACGAUGGCAUCGACGAUGAGAGCUACCAUUCUUUGUUCAAGCCGAUCAUCACCAAAGUGAUGGAGGUUUUCCAGCCGGGGGCUGUCGUGUUGCAGUGUGGAGCCGACUCGCUGUCCGGGGACCGGCUUGGAUGCUUCAACCUGUCGAUCAAAGGCCACGCUCAGUGUGUUAAGUUCAUGCGGUCUUUUAACGUUCCGUUGCUGUUGCUCGGAGGCGGAGGCUACACAAUCCGCAACGUUGCUCGGUGCUGGUGUUACGAGACUGCUGUUGCUGUAGGCGUGGAGCUAGAGGAUAAAAUGCCAUACAACGAGUAUUACGAGUACUUUGGCCCGGAUUACACGCUCCACGUUACUCCGAGCAACAUGGAGAAUCAAAACUCGGCUCAGUACCUGGAGUCCAUAAGGAAUCGACUCCUGGAGAACUUAUCGAAUUUACAGCAUGUACCAAGCGUACCAUUCCAGGAGAGACCACCUGAUACUGAUCUUCCAGAAGAGGAGGAGGAAGACCUCGAUACGCGUGAGAAAGGUCGGGCUUACUCAGACUCGGAGUCUGAGGAAGACGAGCCUCGCAGGAGUCGUCACCAAAGUCCUAACGACGCUGCCAUAUCCAGGCGACAAUCACCCUCGGCAAGAGAUGACCGCAUCAAAAAGGAAAAAGAAGAACUUAUGGACGAAGGAAGUGAUAUCGACGGGGAUCUACCCAAGGCUCAGCAAGAACCUCAAGAUGACCAGCCGACUGCGAUGGAAACCGAUGCCAAAGCCGAGGAGAAGUGCUCGUCCUUGCUCCCGGAUGCACCCUCGGCCCCCCUGGCCUCGUCCGCGGACACAGCGCACGAACCAAACGAGCAGAGCACGAGCAACACAAAUUGGCAACUUGUGACGACCUCCACUGCUGCUACGGCCGCAGCGAUGAAUGCUCGAAGUCCAUUAGCUCCUCCCGCUCUUAAUCAAGCUCCCCCGAGCUCGACAGCCAUCGCCACUGCUGCUUGGACGCCUCCAACUUCUGCCACAGUCGUAGCUCGGCUGCCUCGAUUCUCCGCGAGCUCUGGAGCUCCAGUUGCUGCCACUGUCACUGCCACCGCCACGGUUACCGCUGUUACGAGCUCCACAGUGGCGAAUUCUCCAGCUCCAGCGCCAGUUCCAGCGGCUCUAGCUCGUGUGACCGAAGCUCCCACACCAAUGACUCCUUAAAGAAAGCCAUCGAGCUAACAGUACUUAUAGGAUUUGGAUCAUCCACAAGAGGAGAAUUUACGAGCCAAGCAAGCUCUUGUUCUCUAAAGCUUUGUAAGCUAAAUUUUUUCUCUCUAUUAUGCUCGAAUCUUUCUAAGUGGACACUGCGCGAAAGAGAGAAGUGUCUCGUCCACGAGGUAGGUAGCUUGUCAAUUCGAUCAUCCAUUUGGGAUGAUAUGAAUUUGGGCCAUGCGGCGGUACGGCGUUGGCCAUGGUCCACACUCAAGAAAAAAAUAUUAUAAGAUUCAUAUAUUCUGAUGCG